GUACGUAGAAGCCAGUUGUGUAGUUUUGUUAAUUUUCUUUGACUGGCGAGAUAAUGGAACCUAAGAAACUGAACAUUGUAUUAGAUGAAAAUGUUUAAUUUGGGGAAUUCCCGAAAUUAUACCCCAUGCGAAGUUGUCUGCGCUAGGAAAGUAAAAGAAUUUUUCGAAAAUUCAAUUGUUACACGAAAUGAAUUCGAAGAAUUUACUAAAAUUCUUCAAAUAAAGGACGAUCAAAUAAAGAAUGCGGAAGAUAAAGUAACUGAGCUUGAAAUAAAAUUAUCAGUCUAUAAGGAGCGGAUAAAUAUUUACAACCAAAAAAUGAAAGAUAAGGAUGAUUUGAUAGCCGUAUUAUCUCACGAAUCGUCUUCAAUUAAAACUAAAUUUGACAAAUUAAUGGAAAUUCUUAUUGCUAAUAAUCAAACGUUCACAAAUAAUGAUGAAAUUGUCGAAUCUACUGAUAAUAUCGUACACGAAGAAGGCAACAUCUCUCCAUUAGAAAUUACUGAAGAACUAAAUAACUUAACAAUUAAUGACAUCAAUGAUCCAUUGAAACCCACCAUUAAAAAACUAGAGGAGACUAUUGCUUUUCUAACUGCCAAACUAACUGAAAAAGACGGGAAACUUUUAGAAUUAUCCGAAAAGCUUUUGAAAUGGGAAGGUCGCCUACGAAUUGCAAUUCCAUAUGGAACUUCAAGACAAAUUCUACAUAUUCCAAACACAGCUCCCCUUGAAGUUGUAGUGGAGCCGUUUAAAGGACGCGGAGCCAUCAUUAUUCAAAAUAGGUUAAAUGGAAAAUUCAGUUUUGAUAGAGACUUGAAAGACUAUUAUGAAGGAUUUGGCGACAUUUUCAGUAAUUUUUGGAUUGGAUUGGAAUACAUUCAUAGAAUAACGUCGAGUCAAAGGCAUGUUCUUAGAAUUGAUAUGUUCGCUUAUUGCGGAAAAAAAUAUUUCGCUGAGUAUGACAACUUCACGGUUGCUGGUAAAAAAGAAAAUUACAAGCUAAAAUCACUUGGUAAAUACACUGGAAACGCAGAUGACAUGAUGCGUUUCAGUGAAAAUCAGGAAUUUCAGGUUUGUUCCAUACUUAAAAGAGGCUGGUGGGACGUAAAAAAUGCUGUGCAGCACUGUAAUUUAAACGGAAAAACUUCGAGUGACAUCAAAGAGAAUGACUUUGAAUACAUUUACUGGGGGCUUAAGGAUUGGGGAAAUACAUGUCAAAACAUCUCCGGAGUCAAAAUGGUAAUAUUUCCCAAAUAAUUAUAGAUGAAUUAAUCAGAACUGAGUAUUUUAACUGAUGUCUUUAUUCAUAUGUGUAUAAUCUAUACCAAAAUUGACCAAUAUUUGAAUAAAAUAAAUUUAU